GCACUCUUUUCCUGUUUUCUGUGAGACAUUUUUCCCUGCGAGUGGUAUCUAGACAGCUAUAACAUCUCUGCAGAAGAAUGAAGAAGUUGCUUUGGACUGUUUGUCUCUUGGGGUUUCUUGUCCCUCAAAAUUUUGGACUGCAAGUGCAGUAUGAUGGAACCCUGACAAACAAUGGACAUGGAGAACUGGAGGAGAAGGAGGAUCCCAGGAGCUACUUGGAGAACUAUGACUACAAGAAGUAUCACCCCAUUGAGGAGAUCUAUAAAUGGAUGAGUCAGAUAAGAGAGAGCUACAACAAAGUGGUGACACAGCACUUUCUAGGCAUGACCUAUGAGGCCCGACCGAUGAAUUACUUAAAGAUCAGUGAACCAGCAAGUACUCAGAAGAAGAUCAUUUGGAUGGACUGCGGGAUUCAUGCCAGAGAGUGGAUUGCACCUGCCUUUUGCCAGUGGUUUGUGAAAGAAAUUCUACAAAACUACAAAACAGAUUCAAGGAUAAGCAGAUUUCUUAGGAAGCUGGACUUCUACAUUCUCCCAGUUCUUAAUAUUGAUGGCUAUGUCUACACCUGGACACAUGAUCGUCUCUGGAGAAAAUCUCGUUCAUCCCAUAAUAAUGGCACCUGCUUUGGGACUGACCUCAACAGAAAUUUCAAUGUGUCAUGGUGUAAUACUGGAGCCUCUAAAAACUGCCCAGACUUAACGUUCUGUGGAACAGGACCAGUUUCUGAGCCUGAAACAAAAGCCGUCUCUAGUUUUAUUGAAAGCAAGAAGGACGACAUCCUAUGCUACCUGACAAUGCAUUCUUAUGGCCAGCUCAUCCUCACUCCCUAUGGCUAUACUCAAAACAGACCCAGUACCUAUGAUGAAUUGAUUCGAGUUGGACAGAAGGCAGCAGAAGCAUUGAAAGCAAAGCAUGGAAACAAUUAUAGAGUUGGAUCAAGCUCAGAAAUUUUAUAUUCCACAUCUGGUUCCUCACGAGAUUGGGCUUAUGAUAUUGGGAUUCCCUUCUCUUACACAUUUGAGUUGAGAGACAAUGGUACCUAUGGAUUCCUGCUUCCAGAAGACCAGAUCCAGCCCACUUGUGAGGAGACCAUGGCGGCUGUCCUGUCCAUCCUUGAUGAUAUCUUUGAGAAGGAAUGGAGCACAGACAGAGCAGUGAUGCUUGCCCCAGCUACCAUGGGGCUCAGUGUUUUCUUGACCUUCAUGCUUUUCUUUUAAAAACAUUUAUCAUAGCUCCAUUAGGAACCCCCAACCUUAUAGAUGUGAUUUAAAUCAACUCAAUGCAAUAAAAGUACUCAACACUGAACUUUCAAAAUGUUUGUUGUA